AAGAAGGAAAAAAGUAUUAGAGACAAAGGAACCGGACAGCCUUUAGGAAACGAAAAAACAUCUAAAUUAGUUUUUAUUUGGCUUUAUGAAGGCUCGACGGUCCCUCCGCCGGCUGGAACCGGCCGGGGCAAAAGAAGCUCCAAGCUCAGCAUCCCAGUGAUGGAAAAUCCUGGACAACAGCCGGUUUGGUGACUGGAGGGACACUACUGACAACACACAGGAUGGGAGGAAGUGGAAACGCACCAGAGAGCGAUGACAAUGUGAUUUAGGAUUUUUGUCAAGAGGAUCCUAUUAUUAUCAAACAUCCCUUUUCUUUCCAUGAAUACCUGAGUUUAGCUUUCUACAUCCAGUCCUCUUGGUGUUUUUUAACGCCACCUCCCUCUGACAGCUGACAUAGGAGCACACAGACUCCUCUCUUCCCAGAGGUAGAGGAGCUGCUCUCCCACCGAUGUAGCCCCCUGAUCGUGGUAGUGGUGGAGCUGGAGGAGGAGGACGUGGUGGUGGUGGUGGCGGUGAACGUCCGGGGAUGGGGACUCCAUAUCCAGCCAGUGAGUGGAAGGAGAGGGGCCGAGGUGGACUGCAGGAGCUGGGCUGCAUGCCCUGGAAGGUCAGCAAGCAGAAAGCUGGAGGAGCGGAAACAGUUUUGGGGGCAGAGGAGAGGAGGUGCAGGGAAGCGAGGGACGGUCAGCCCCAACAGGAGCUGUCUUCCUCCUCUUCCUCCCUCACCCCACUGCCUCCCCAGCAAAUUUCGACGACUCCAGCCAUAUAUCACGAGAAGCAGCGGAGGGAGCUGUGCGCGCUACACGCGCUCAAUAAUGUCUUCCAGGAUGGGAUGGCCUUCAGCCGGGAAACCCUUCAGGAAAUCUACCAAAGGUUAUGUCCCAGCACUAUGGUGACACCUCACAAAAAGAGCAUGCUGGGAAAUGGAAACUAUGAUGUAAAUGUCAUCAUGGCGGCCUUGCAGACCCGCGGAUUUGAAGCAGUAUGGUGGGAUAAAAGAAGAGACGUAGACAGAAUCGAGCUCUCCAACGUGGAGGGCUUCAUCCUGAACGUACCGUCCAAUCUGCGCUGGGGGCCUCUCCGGUUGCCUCUUAAACGCCAGCACUGGAUUGGAGUCAGGGAGGUGGGAGGGGUUUACUACAACCUGGACUCUAAGCUACGCAACCCUCAGCCUAUUGGCAGUCCGGAUGAGCUCAGGAAGUUUCUCCGUCAGCAGCUACGAGGGAAGAACUGUGAACUCCUGCUGGUUGUCUCGGAAGAGGUGGAGGCGCAUCAAACAUGGCGCUCAGAUGGCUAACAGUUGAAGCAACCAAUCACGUCCAGGGAACGGACCCGUCACAGGAAGCGGCAUGGAUGCACCCUUGCAGUUGAAGUCCUCUCCACCGCAUUUCCUCCUCCUCCUCCACGCUUCUUUUCCUGGGUUUUGUUUACACAGCAGUUGCUGAACACUCAUCUGACAUGAGACACAAAGGAAUGAAGGAGGCAAACACUUCGCAGAGAAUCAAAUAAUGACUCUCAGUUCUUUCAAUCUGUUUCAAUCAGAUUCUUUUUUUUCUAUUGUUUCCAAAGUUUUGGGAGUUUUGGAUGUCAGGAUAAAAGGGGAUUUUUUUACAUUGUGACGAUCACAUUCAUUGUUUUUCUAUUCUCUCCUUUAUGCGUUAUGUUACUCUAUAUUCCCCAUCCUUAACCUCCCACCAAAGUGUAUCCUUUCUCUGCUGUUACUGUACCCCCCCAACUUUAUCCAUCCAAUCACAGCAACACAGCAAUGCAACACUCAGGCCAAGUACGCCCUCUAGUGGAUAUUUGCUUCAGCUCGCUUAAAACGAUGUUAAUUCUUUAAAAGUAUUGCACUACACACAAAUAUUACCCUCUAGUAAAUGGAAAAGAUUUUUUUAUUUUUCUAGGGUGAAUUUCUCUUUGGAUCAACUUUAGUCGGAUCUGUCCACCUGUAGAUGGUGAGGAGGAUUAUUUUCUGAACUGCACUCAGCCUUGUGUGAUGACUUGAUUGAAUCCUACUGACUGAAUGAUCAAUAAUAAAAAAAAAAAAUCCCUACUGUACACUAAAAGUUUAUAUGCUUGCUCUUUACCACUCAAAUGCCUCGCUAAGCCCUGAUUGGUUGCUUCCAGGGUUCCUUCCUUUUUUACCUUAUCUUUUGCGUCAAUGCGCAGCCCUCUGUAGCAGGAACUCGGCAGAUAAAGGGCUCAAUUUGUUCUUUUUUUUUUAUUAAAACACAGCAGCCAAAUACAGCUUUAACAUGAAACCACAGACUGUCCCAGGAAGUUAUUUACGGUAAUAGUUUGGUUCUGAAUUGGAGGAAGGUUAGACGGCUGAUGAAGGUUGUUAGCUUGAAUAUCUGGAAGGAAUCUAAAGAGUAAAAUGUUUUGGCAGGUUUCAAGAAAGUAGAAUGAAAAAUGAAAGUUGUGAGAAAAGGCAGAUGUUGGAUGUUACGUCUCUAAACUCUUUGUAUUAAACAUGCGUCUGGACAUGUUAAUGAUUAUAUCGGCCUUAACUUGUUUACAUAUAAAGUAUCAGAAAAAUUAAGAGUAAGUUUUGCUGUUUGGCGUCAUAUCGGUAGAUUAAAGCCUGAAGGCGUUUUUAAUAACUAAAGAAGAGAAAUGGAAAAUGCCCUUUUGUUUUGAGCGAUGAGGUUUCAUUUCUCUGCCAAGGAAUUUAUGUUACAGGAAUCUGCUAAUCUGUACCUUUUUUCUUUUAUAUAAUAAGAAAUAAAAAAGUUGUGCAUGUUUUAUUUUGAAUUUGAAACCACAUUCUCAGACUCCACGCCUGUCUAAUCCCUUUAUGACACAUUAUAUCCAUGUGAAUUAAUGUCGGAUAUUUUCCUUCACUGAACUCGGAUAAGACAACCUGAGAUCACAUUUACUUUGUUUUUUCUUGCUUUAUUGCCAUGACAAUCCAUUAAGUCCGUCCUCUUAAGGAAUCCUGAUUGUCAGUGUACUUUAUUUUUUCAUAAAAAAUAAAAUGCUCCUACUGGCAA